UGUUAUUAAAAAUAGAUAAAAAAGAAACCCUUCUAAAUGAACAUGAGUAGGGCUCACAUCAAUAAUUUCUCACACCAAGUGCUCCCCUGCUAGAGAGACAUGAGUGAGGAGGGCGGUUGUCUCCGUGCGGGUGAAGGAGAGAGAGAGAGAGAGAGAGAAUGGAAACCAAUGUAUCUGAAGAACGACAGCUUGACGUGGAAGAAUCUCAAGCCCUAACUCCUCCCAAGAAGGGUGGAUGGAUCACAUUCCCCUUCCAUCACAGUGAGCGUGUUGGCCGUGUCGCUUGCUGUAAGCGGAGGGUUGACCAAUAUUAUAGUGUACUUGAUAAAAGAGUACAACGUGAAGAGCAUCGACUCCGCGCAGAUCUACAACAUCGUUAAUGGUUGUACCAGUCUCAGCCCCGUGGCCGGCGCCAUCAUCUCCGAUGCCUAUUUUGGUUCCUUCCCCGUCGUUGCCUUCUCUGCCGUCACGGCCUUGCUCGUAGCCACUCUAAUCCAUUCAUCGAUUAUUGUUAUCAACCAAUAAUUCAAAUCCAAAAACUUAGAGGAAUUACCAUUCAAUUAUAUGACACCAAAUCUUACAAAUUGAUAUCUAUAUAUUUUUUUUUAUCAUCGCACAAUUAAUCGGCUAAGAACUCCAUGUUAUGCAGUCUUUGAUACUCCUCACAUUAACGGCCGCCCUUCCAACUCUAAGGCCAUCUCCAUGCCCGGUGGGCUCCAGCAUCUGCGAAACACCAUCAGCGGGGCAGCUUGCACUCCUCUAUAUCUCACUGGGCCUGUUGGCCGUGGGGACCGGGGGGACGCGGUUCAACACCAUCACCAUGGGCGCCGACCAGUUCGACAAGCCCCGAGAUCGAGAUAUCUUCUUCAACUGGUACUUCAUCGGCCUCUACGCCGGAGCAGUCCUCGGCGGCACCGCUAUCGUCUACGUCCAGGACAGCGUUAGCUGGGCUUUAGGCUUCGGCCUGUGCGCCGCUACCAGUGCCAUCAGUGUGAUCGUUCUCCUCCUUGGAGUUAGAUUUUACCACAAGCCCUCAGCCCAAGGGAGCCCGUUCACAGACCUCGCUCGUGUUGUCGUCGCCUCCAUUAGGAAGAGGAGGAUUGCAGUGCCACCGAACAACUUGGGUUACUGCUAUGGGCCUGGUGAGGCGGGGAAGCCGCCUUCUUCAUCGUCCAACGUGCCAUCUCAAAGUUUCAGCUUCCUAAACUGCGCUGCAUUGAUCUCCCAAGGCGACACCCACCCGGACGGCUCCAUUGCCAAGCGUUGGCGCCUGUGCACCGUCCAACAAGUGGAAGACCUCAAGGCCUUGAUCCGAAUCUCCCCCCUCUGGACGUCGGGCGUCGUCGUCAGCGUGCUAAUUGCCACCCAAAACAGCCUCACCGUCCUCCAGGCCCUCACCAUGGGCCGUUCCCUCGGCCAUCACUUCACCGUCCCCGCGGGCUCCUUGCAAGUCGUCACCCUCACCGCCACGGCCAUCUUCCUCUCCCUCCUCGACCGCCUCCUCCUCCCACUGUGGCACUUCCUCACCGACCACAUCCCCACGCCCCUCCAGCGCAUCGGCGUGGGCCAUGUGCUCAAUGCCGCCGCCAUGGCAGCCUCCGCAUUGGUCGAGCGGAGGCGGUCCGCCAUCGUGCACGCACGCCACGCCGAGGGCCAGGCCGGGUGGAUCGUGCCCAUGUCGGCCCUGUGGCUCAUGCUGCCACUGGCGAUGACCGGAGCUGCCGAGGCGCUGCACUUUCCAGGCCAGGUAGCGCUCUACUACCAGGAGUUCCCCCAGUCGCUACGGAGCAUGGCAACAGCAAUGGUCGGCCUGAUCAUUGCCGCCGGCUUUUACCUGAGCACAGCCGUUGUCGGCUUGAUCCGGAGGGCCACAAAUUGGCUGCCAGAUAACAUAAACACCUCAAGGUUGGAGUAUGCGUACUGGUCGAUUGCUGUGCUGGGGAUGAUCAACUUUGGAUAUUAUCUACUCUGUGCAAACCUUUACAAGUACCGGAGAGUAGCUGACAUGGGUGAACCUAAUCAAAGAUAGAAAGCCACCCUUGUCAUCUGAGAUUAUGAUCGACCCAGGAAGAGAGAUCACGGUUCUUGUUAUAUAUAUGUAGCUUUCAUGCGUGUGAUAAUACAUAUGCUGCGACAAAGAAAACUGAAA